GGCAUCCUGCAAUUUGAUUAUUUAUCUGUUCGAACAGGUUAUGAGCAUGAAGUUCGAUACGAGUGGUCUCGAGUCCCAUCAUGGGAUGCUCUUUGGAGCAAGAGAUGAGCUUUCCAGUGGGUUAUCAGCUGCCCCAUCUUUUGACAUUCCCAAUUCCAAUGAUUUUGAUUGUUUUCAGAAAGAAGCUAUACAGAUGGUGAAACCAGCAAAGGGCACAACAACUCUGGCUUUCAUUUUUAAAGAGGGUGUAAUGGUUGCUGCCGACUCUCGGGCUAGCAUGGGAGGCUACAUCUGUAUGUUCAUAAGUCUUUUAAUGAUGCUGUUUGUUUUCAUUCAUUGUUUUUUUGAUGUUUUCAAAUAUACACCUUUGCUUACCACUUCAAUUGUAAUAUUCACAGCCUCACAAUCUGUGAAGAAAAUCAUUGAAAUUAAUCCUUACAUGCUUGGCACAAUGGCCGGUGGAGCAGCUGACUGCCAAUUCUGGCAUAGAAAUCUGGGUAUUAAGUGCCGACUCCAUGAACUUGCAAAUAAGCGCAGAAUUUCCGUUACAGGGGCCUCAAAACUAUUAGCAAACAUUCUAUAUAAUUACCGUGGAAUGGGUCUGUCUGUUGGAACCAUGAUUGCUGGUUGGGAUGAAACGGGUCCUGGGUUGUAUUAUGUGGAUAGUGAGGGAGGACGUCUAAAGGGAACAAGAUUUUCUGUUGGAUCUGGUUCACCUUAUGCUUAUGGAGUACUGGACAACGGAUAUCGUUAUGAUAUGUCGGUGGAAGAAGCAGCAGAGUUGGCUAGACGUUCAAUUUAUCAUGCAACAUUCCGAGAUGGUGCAAGUGGUGGUGUGGCAAGUGUCUAUUAUGUGGGACCAAACGGAUGGAAGAAACUCUCUGGGGAUGAUGUUGCUGAACUUCACUACAGUUACUAUCCAGUUGAACCAGCGGUGGUCGAACAAGAGAUGGUUGAGACUUGAGGCCUUUGAGAGAGGGCUGCUUUGAUGUUCUUUCUGUAACUCUUCUUCUUCUUCUUCUUCUUCUUCUUCUUUUCAAAGUAAUGUGGUUCUCCAACUAUUACUAAACAGCCUUACUGCAUUGCAAUUUAAUUUUUCUGAUAGUUUUUUCUUGCUGGUUUGAAAACUUGUAAUUAACCUUUGCUUUGCUCUGCCAAUCCUGCUUUUAUUUUAUUUUACAAAUUUUAAAAU